CUCACUUAGCACCUCCUCAAAUUGAUGUUCGCCAUUCUCAUCAUUUUUUCUUCUCCGUCCAGAUCUGCGACUACACACCGAAAUCGUCUCUCUUCAUUUUCUUACUCUUUUUUUUCUUUUAUUGCACUGUGUUGAAUUUGUUUCGCUGCUAUGAAUUGAUUGCAGUGCAGUCCUUUUUCCGUCAAUCAUCAGGCAUGUGGGACUGGUUUGAUCCCCAAAUGUGGUUGGAAGACCAUUUCACGCAUAUUUCUGAUUCUCUCAAAAAGAUAAAUAAAUUGGGGGAAGAAAAUGAAGAUUUGGUAGAAAAGCUCAAAUCAUUGAAGAAGAGUUUCACCCAUAUUGCUCAGGAGAGGCACACCAUGGAAGCAUUUGUGAAAAGCAGUCUUUAUUCAAGACAAAUAAUAAGGGCUUUAACAUUAGAUAUGUG